GGGUUCCCCCGCGGGGUUUCCCGGGCUGGCCCCACCCCUCCCCCAUCCUGCGGGUGUUCGGGGUGACGGGGGAGGGGCGGAGCUGCUGCCUGCACCUGCACGGCUUCAGCCCCUACUUCCAUGUGCUGGCCCCCCCAGGCGUGACCGAGGCGCACCUGGAGCCCCUGGAGCAGGAGCUGGAGGCGGCGCUCAGGAGGGAGCAGAGGGGGGCAAACCCCAAAUCUGGGCCCCCCAAAAACGUCCUGGGGCUGCAGCUGGUCCGGAAACAGAGUAUUUUGGGGUUCCAGGGGGGUCAGCAGAGCCUUUUUGUGAGGGUUGGGGUCUCCCUGCCCCGUUUGGUGCCCCCUGCCCGGCGCCUCCUGGAGCGGGGCCUGCGCUGGGGGGCGCUGGGGGUGCAGCCGGCGCCGCCCUACGAGGCCAACAUCGACUUCGAGAUCAGGUUCAUGGCUGACUCGGGCCUGGUCGGCUGCUGCUGGGUGGAGCUGCCCCCGGGGAGCUUCCAGUGGAGGGCCCCCCCCAAGUCCUCCCUGUGCCAGUUUGAGGCCGACGCUGCCUGGGCGGGGCUUCGAGGCCACGCCCCCGAGGGGGCGUGGCUGGGGCUGCCCCCGCUGCGCGUGCUCAGCAUCGACAUCGAGUGCGCGGGGAGGAAAGGGGUGUUCCCGGAGCCGCAGCAGGACCCGGUGAUCGCCAUCGCGGCCGUGGCGCUGCGGCAGGGGGCGCGCGAGCCCUUCCUGAGGGUGGUGUUCACCCUGCUCAGCUGCGCCCCCUUGCGCGGGGCCACCGUCAGGAGCUUCGACAGCGAGAGGGACCUGCUGCAGUCGUUUGCGGAGUUUGUUCGCAUCGUGGACCCCGACAUCAUCACGGGCUACAACAUCCACAACUUCGACCUGCCCUACCUGAUCCAGAGGGCCCAGGUGCUGCAGGUGCCGUCGUUCCCGUACCUGGGCCGCGUGCGGGGGGUCCCGUCCCAGGUGAAGGAUUCGGCGUUCCAGAGCCGGCAGCUGGGCCGCAGGGAGGGCAAGGUGGUGACCACACCUGGGAGAGUGACCCUGGACAUGCUGCAGGUGCUGCUGAGGGAGCACAAGCUGCGCUCGUACUCCCUGAACGCCGUCAGCGCCCAUUUCCUGCACGAGCAGAAGGAGGACGUGCCCCACGGCAUCAUCACCGAGCUGCAGAACGGGGACGCGCAGACGCGGCGCCGCCUGGCCCUGUACUGCCUGAAGGACGCCGUGCUGCCGCUGCGGCUCCUGGAGCGCCUGAUGACGCUGGUGACGCUGGUGGAGAUGGCGCGGGUGACGGCCGUGCCCCUCAGCUACCUGCUCACCCGCGGCCAGCAGGUCAAGGUGGUGGCGCAGCUCCUGCGGCAGGCCAUGCAGGAGGAUUUGCUGCUGCCGGUGGUUAAGUCGGAGGGAGGAGAAGAUUUCGAGGGGGCCACGGUGAUCGAGCCCCUCAAGGGGUACUACGAUGUCCCCAUUGCCACCCUGGAUUUCUUCCUGUACCCGUCCAUCAUGAUCGCCCACAACCUGUGCUACACCACCCUGCUGCCACCAGGGGGCGCCCAGAAAUACGGGCUGGGUCCCGAUGAUUUCAUCCGCACCCCCACGGGGCAGCUCUUUGUGACCCCCCGGGUGCGCAGGGGGGUCCUGCCCCGGGUCCUGGAGGGGCUGCUGGCGGCCAGGAGCAGGGUGAAGGCGGCGCUGGCCGAGGAGCCGGACCCCGAGCGGCGCCAGGUGCUGGACGGGCGGCAGCUGGCGCUGAAGGUGAGCGCCAACAGCGUCUACGGCUUCACCGGGGCGCAGGCUGGGCGCCUGCCCUGCCUGGAGAUAUCACAGAGCGUCACGGGCUUUGGGCGGCAGAUGAUCGAGAGGACCAAGCAGCUGGUGGAGAGCCAGUACCCGGAUGUGCAGGUGGUGUACGGGGACACCGACUCCGUCAUGUGCCGCCUGGCCGUGCCCUCGGUGCCCGAGGCCGCCGCCCUGGGCCGCGCCGUGGCCGCCUGGGUCUCCGGGCACUUCCCGGCCCCCAUCCGCCUCGAGUUCGAGAAGGUGUACCUGCCCUACCUGCUGAUCAGCAAGAAGCGCUACGCCGGCCUCUGCUUCCCGGGGGGCUCCGGGGGCGCCCCCAAACUGGACUGCAAGGGCCUGGAGGCCGUCAGGAGGGACAACUGUCCCCUGGCAGCCAACCUGGUCACUGCCUGCCUCAGGAGGAUCCUCCUGCACAG